AUGCUGGAGAGAAUCCAAGUCUACCAGAUCUGCCCAAUUCCCGAGGAGAAAGUUAAGAAUAUUCUGUAUAUCUGCAACAACCCCGAGGAUAGUCCUCAGCCUGAUCACUUCCAGCUGUCGCCACUCGACGAAGCCAACUGGCUCGCCACAAUCGAAGUGUGGCAGCCGCAUUGGUACUCACUCCAUCGCCGAAGAGUCAAGGUCGCUGGAAACCCCAUCCUCCUACUCGACGCACAGACCUUAGUAGAUGACCCUGUACUCGUUCUAACCUGCCGUCCGGAGGGCGAUGAUGGAAUAGGAGCAGAGAGCGACGCACCCCUGUGGCUCAGGUUCAUACCCGAGAAGAUCCCAGCUGCAGCUGUUACUCUCCAGAUCGGAAGCUAG